AAUUAAUUCAAUUUGGAGCAGAUUUUUGAUUCAGCUAUUGAAUUAAUGAACGUUCGAGGAAUUGAAUUGUAAUAUCUUUCAUUCAUUCGUCAUAUUACAGUAGUUUUGUUUCCUAACCAAGUCAACGGCGCUUCUCCAUGGAUUACCAGCUUUUCACCUGUUGUUCGAUGAAGUAAGAAGUUUCAGGCUAAGAAUCGAUAGGAAGAGAUUCAACGUUGAUUAUUCACGUACAGAAUCAACCAUCGUUUCAAUCAAUUCGAAGUUUUAGUUCAGAAGUAGAAAUUAGCUCGAACUCAAUCAUGUUUAACGUAGAAUCACUUUUAAAUCAACCCCUAAGAUCAUCGGAAACCGAAGGUGUUACUUGAGAUUCUGAUUCGCAACGAAGAGCUUGUUUUAGUUUCGAAUCGCGUUCAACUUGAAAUCAUCUGUUAUAUACCGUAGUAUAGGUGUUAUUCGAGAACCUAAAGUUAGAAUUUCGUUCGGGUUACGAUUCGUCGUUCAGCGUCACCGAAGAAAGCAGGCAGCAGCUUUUCCCUACAUAGGUCAUUCUCGACGUAAAAUAAUCCACCAUCGUAGCAGAUUCGAAUCAACAAGUGGAAAAAUCCCCUCAGCUGCCUACCAAAUUGCUUCGAGCUCCUGAAAUAAUCCCUCGACCAGGCCAAACCAGGCACCAGGCUCCUGCGUACCAGAAUCAGAACGACUCGAAGCAUACGCAGCCAAACUCCGAACGCCAUCUCGUAAAUAAAAUACAUUCGGUAAAGUGUUGCGGACUGGGGAAAUUAUCCUGACUUUUUACAGUUCGCUCCACCGUCGUAUUAUCGCGCUCUAAGUACCGUAGCGUGUUGUUUUAUUCAUUCAGUGAGGCGGCUUCGGUGCGGUUUCGUGUAUCUCGCGGGUCGCGAACAUUGAUACUCUAUUUUGUUCGCGGUUUCUUGUUGCGCCAAUAAUAUUUUGUUGCGUUCGUAUACUUCGUUUUUCCAUUAUUCAUCAAACAUACCGAACAAAAAAUUUUAAAAAAACAUUGCCGCCGAUCAAAGUUUUUCGUCCCUGUUGACUCUGUAUCUACACCUCGUACUCAGCUGUUGCUUCUUCGGUGUUGUGCAUUUUUUUUCACGGGUUGAAGAAUAUACUAUACGCGAUACGAGAAGACGGGCCGAGUAUAAUAUACACGAAUCAAGAUGUGAAUUAAAACGGCUUUAAAUUCGAGCACGAGCAAUUAUAUCGUCGUAUAGAGUUACCAUAUACGUAUAUUUCGAUAUUGAACAACACACCCGUAUAAUAUAAAAUGACGCAUUCGUCUCAAAGGUUCUGUUUACGAUGGAAUAAUCACCAGUCGAAUUUGUUAUCCGUGUUUGAUCAGCUAUUACACGAUGAGUCGUUUGUCGACGUUACGAUCGCCGUCGAAGGACAGUUAUUAAGAGCCCAUAAGAUGGUGCUGUCCGCAUGCAGUCCAUAUUUUCAAGCGUUGUUCGUCUCGCACCCGGACAAGCACCCAAUAGUGAUCCUAAAAGACGUACCUUUCGCCGACAUGCGUUCGUUACUGGACUUCAUGUACAGAGGCGAAGUAAGCGUCGACCAAGACCGUCUAACUGCCUUCCUAAAGGUCGCCGAAUCGUUACGUAUCAAAGGCCUGACCGAAGUAAACGAAGAAAAAUGCGACCUGCCUUCGAUCGCCUCUUCGCUGCUAUCGAACCAACACCGUUCAACGCCACCUCCGGCUGCUCCUCCGCCGCCUCCGAGUCUGCACAGGAUACACCUAACGCAGCCUUCAUCCUCCGCAUCGUCGUCUUCCUCGACGACUUCGUCGAACGCUAAACGAUGCGCAUCUUCGCCCAGCAAUUUUAAUCCGUACUGCGGUAGUAAUGCUUCGGCCAUGUAUAGUCAGAAACGAAAACGAGGCAGGCCUCGUAAGUUAUCCGGCGGUAGCGAUACGCCAUCGGGGGCGUCACCCGAACACGAGAUGAACACCGAUGGCGAUUUGAGGAAUUCGGCCAGUUUCGCCGAUUCUCCUUAUGGUCAUGGACCACCCGAUUUAUUGGAAGUCAAUAUGACCGAGCAUUCGCAAAAUUCGCCGAGUUCGUUCUCAGAGGACCACAAUCUAGGAUCUCCCGAAGCCAGCAUGGUCGAAGACGACGACUGCUGUAUAAAAACCGAACCAAACGAAGAAUCCGGUGGCGCUGCGUUCCAAGAAUGCAAAAGUCCUCAUCAAAAAGAUAGCCCGAAUUCGAGGUCGCAGUCUCAGACGCCAACUGGUCAGUCCGAAAGAUAUCCACCUGAUAAAUGCCAAUGGAAAGAGAUACUGAAACGACUGAAGAAACCUGAAAUCACCAUCCGAGUAGAAAACAACGAUAAGCAACCCGAAGAGAGCGGAUUAUCGAUCAGCGCCGUUGUAAACGACCGAAAAUCAGGCACCUCAGGAGGCGAGUCGACGUCGUCCUCCAAAAACACCAACAACACUAAUAGCGGCAACGUUGUGGAUGGCAAAUGCUACUCGUUAGAUAAUUUUUACAACAAUUCAUCCGAGACUGGGCCUGGCUCAUCGAGUUCGGGCGGUGCGAAAAACCAUAAUCAGAACCAGCACGUUAUACACUCUUGGUAUUCGGAAUCGCACCAGCAGACCGGAUACUUUAUGGAUGCGGACGGAGACGGAGACGACGUCGACGAAGAAGACGAAGCCAUGUUGAAAUACGAAUACGAAUCGUCGCGUAUUGCAGCCCUUGCCAGUAACGCUUCUAGUCCCGGAGGCGGCUCGAGCUCCGGUCAAGUUCCGGUAGCUGUGACCGUCUCGACGACUCCGGCUACCGGUGCUGCGGCCAACGAGCACUCUAAACCGUUGGAUAAGUCAUCGGUGCGCAGAUACUGCGUGCAAGUGGCCGAGCAUCUGUUUCAGUGCACGUUAUGCUAUAAAACCUACACCCAUAUUAGUAACUUUAGCAGGCAUUUUUUGAGCGCUCAUCACGGUCUCAGGCAAGAAAUACCGUGCCCGGUUUGUUACAGGAUAUUUACCCGAAGGGAUAACAUGCUGACGCAUAUGAAACAAGUGCAUCGUAUCACGGUCACUAGAGGCUUGGCUACCAGUAUAAUUCAAAAACUUUCGGCCGCCAAUGAAUCGGCCUCCGGAGCUAGUUCGGAUAAUCAAAUUAAUUCCAAUUAGGGUCUCCGCAGCCUCCCCAUUUCUCCUCGAGGUAUUAUACGAAAGUUGUGGUACGAAGACGAACGAAUCAUUGACCCCCGUGGAACAACGAUGAUACCUAUACUGGUGUUUUUCUUCUUUUUACUAUAUGUUUCGUAUUUUCGACGUGUUGUUUUAUUUAUUAUUCUUAUUGUUGUUGUUGUUUUAUCCUUAUUAUCUUUCUCCUUUUAUUUCUUUUUCUUCUCUCUCGAUACUGCGUGGAGACUGCGGAGUUAGCCAAAGUUUUCGAAAAACUACGAAUUUUUUUUCGCUUGUGAUAUUAGUUUUAAAUUUUUCGUCGUUUUUGUUUUGCCAUUAAGUAGUCUAUACUUUUAAUUAACGAAAUUGUACGUAGUACGUGUGUGUGUAUGUGUAAUUUUUGAUGUUUAAUUACUGCUACUCUUUUUCUGUUUUUUUCCUUUCUUUCGAAUUUUUUUAUUUUCAAAUACGUAGAGGAGUUAUUUUUAUCGUAGGACUUUGAAAACUGGUUUUCAUUUUUUCCCUUUGGGAUGACAAAUUUUAUUCUAGUGUUUUAAAUUUCUUUUUUUUUGGAAAAAUUAACAAAUUAGCAAAUAAUACAAUUUGAUAGAGCUUUUCAAAAAUUGGAUCGAAAAUUUCGAAUUUCGUGAUUAUUUUUCAAACAGUAAUUUUUCAAUCAAAUUAGUAAAUUUUUUCACAAGUCAAUUUUUCUUGCAACGUGUUAGCUGUGUUUUUCAAGCGACGAAUAUUUUCAUUUCGCUCGCGAAUAACUUUUCGAAGUACUUAAUUAUUUUUAUUUAACUAACGAACGAGAAAUAGACUGCGAUUUAUUUAGAAAAUAUUGAGAUGUUUCUAACAAUUGGAUAUUUCUUUGUGAUUUUUAUUUUUGUCUGUAGCGUAAAUUUUUAAUUUGGAAAAAUUUACGUUUUAUUUUGAAAAAUGUGAAUUAAUAUUUAGGUGUAUUUGGAUGAUUCGAACUGAAUCGUUCGCGAACGAAUGUAUCUUCUUGAUCUUGAGAUCUUGAAAUAGUUGGAUUUUUUAGAUUAAAAGUUCUUUUUUCCCCUUCUAAGGCGAGAAAGGCUAAAAAAAAUUAGAAGCAGGGCUGUGAACAUGAAUUUUAAAAAUAGGUACUCUGUUCCCACUUCUCACAUCCAACUGUUUAAAGAAUUGUUGGGGGGGGAGGGGGGUCAACAUUUUUCCUUUGAAAAAAAGAUUUGGUGAAGUAGAACUUUCAAGUUUUUUACUUUGACUGCUUGCAUUUUUUUUUCUUCUCUUUUCCCCUCUCCCAGAAAUUUUGUUUUCCGAAUCCAAUAGAAAAAUCAGGGAUUGUUUGAAUUUCCUUCACAUUAAAAAAUGAGAUUUUCCUUCAUUCGCAACCCCCCCCCUCCCUUCCAUAAAAGUAAUGAUUUUUUUUUGAAAAAAAUGGCAACCUUGCUGAACAAUCUUCUUAUUGAUCAGCGCAGAACGAAUUUUCUCUACUACUAAUCACAUCUUAGUUCAGACAUUUGUAAAUGAUUCAUUCCCAAAUUCGUUCGCGAACGAAUCUUUUUUGCUAUGAUUUUUUUCUUGAGUAAUUUAUUUUGAAUAGUUGAAUAUUUUGAAAUGAGCAAAUCUUAGUUCAGACAUUUGUGAAUGAUUCAUUUCUCAAACUCGUUCGCGAACGAAUCUUUUUCGCUAUGAUUUUUUUCUAGAAGAAUUUAUUUUGAAUAGUUGAAUAUUUUGAAUUGAAAUGAGCAAGUACUAUAUUUUAGUUCGCGAACGAUUUUUAUACAAAUUUUUGUACGAAUCGUUCGCGAACGAAAACGUUGUGAUUGAAAACUACUCUUUUGCAAAUAAAAAGAAAGCAAUUUAUUCACCAACUGUUAUUAGGAAAUGUUCAUCAGUUCAGUUUUGACUCCCAAGCAGGCACUUAGAAUCACUUGUGAAGAAGAUUCAUUCGUUCGCGAACGAUGUAACCAUCUCUAGUUCCGAAGUGAUUCUUUCGUUCAUGUAAAGAUUUUUCAUUUGGAGUUUGUUUGUUAGUGAUUGAUUCAUAUUUACUUGGAAUAGAUUUCUGAUUUCGUUCUCGAACGAAUCUUUUCUUGGUUCGAUGCUCUCGAGUCGUUUGCCGAUGAAUCAUUUCAAAUUUUUACCGACCAACAAUUCACUUUCAAACUUUUUGUUUCGUUCUAAAAUGAUUCGUUUUCGAGGAUGAUUCGUUCGCGAACGAAAUAAUCACUUGUAGUUUAGAAUUGUUCAUUUCGUUUGUAUAAGAUUAAUUUUCAAUUUUCAUUAGCAAAGGAAUGCCUCUGCUCGUGAUUCAAUAUAGUUGACCUUCAUUUUUCGGUUUUCGUUCACGAACGAUUCGUUCAUCGAUUUGAUUCUUUCGUUCAUUGAAGAAUCAGUUCAGAAUGUAUUCAAUUUGCCUACAAUUCUUAUUCAAAGUGUUUUUUUUUUUCGUUCAUAAUUGAGUCGGUUUUGUGGAUGGAUUGUUGUUCGCGAACGAAUGAAUCACUUCCAUCUAUAAAGUAGUUGUUGAGUUAGUGAACGAUUCUUUUUUCGAUGUGAUUCUUCUGUCUGUUGAUGAAUCAAUUCUGAUUUCUCAUUUCUGAUCACUGGCUUCUUAAUCGACGAAUUUUUUUUUCGUUCAAAAAUGAUUCGUUUUCGAGGAUGAUUCGUUCGCGAACGAAAGAAUCACUUGUAUUUUAGAAAUGUUCAUUUCGUUCGUUCAAGAUUCAUUUUCAUUAGGAAAGUAAUGCCUCUGCUCGUGAUUCAAUCUUGUUGACCUGUAUUUUUUGGUUUUCGUUCACGAACGAUUCUUUCUUUGAUUUGAUUCUUUCGUUCAUUGGAGAAUCAGUUCAGAACGUAUUCAUUUUACUUGCCUACAAUUUUUUUUCUUUCAAAAAUGAUUCGUUUUCGAGGAUGAUUCGUUCUCGAACGAAACGAAUGAAUCACUUCUAUCCUAGAAGUGAUCGUUGAGUCCGUGAACGAUUCUUUUCACGACCGAGUCAUUCAUGUUGACAUGUAGUUUUCUGCUUUCGUUCGCGAACGAUUCUUUUCUCGAUGUUAUUCGUUAUUUGUCUAUGAGAACCAAUUUUCCAAUCGUCAUUUCACCUGUGAUUCACAUCUGAAACUGAAAGUGAGUGUUUUUCGUUCAAAAAAGAUUCUUUUUUGAGAUGACUUGUUCGCGAACAAAGAAUCGCUUUCGCCUCGGAACUUAUCAUUUAGUGUAUGUACAAUUCAUUUUCACGUGUGAUUCAUUUAUUCGUGAUUCGUUCACAUUGAUCAGUAGUUUUUUGGUUUUCGUUCUCGAACGAUUCGAUUCUUUUUGCAAUGUGGUUCUUUUAGUCAUUGAUGAAUCAUUUCAGAAAAAAAUUUGUAUCCGCCAACAAUUCGUAUCCAAAAUUGAAUAUUUUCGUUCGGAUAGGAUUCGUUUUUAGAGUGAUUCGUUCGCGAACGAAAGAAUCGAUUCCAUUUUUAGAAAUGAAUGAAUGAUCAUUUCGUUCAUGUCUGAUUCACUUUCUUGAGUUGAAUUGAGUUAAUCGUUCGAUAACGAUUCGUUUGUAGAAUUUAUUUGAUCGUUCACUUUUCAGUCAUUAUUUUGAAAAAGAAUCAUAUUUUCCAUCGAUGUGUAUGUUGAAAAAAAAAGAAUCAUCGCCCUAAAAGUCUCGUUCUUUCUUCUCGAAAUCAUCCAAUACACCUGUAAAAUUCUACGAUUAUUCUAAAAUUUGUUACUUUUUUUAGUCAUUUUGUAUUUAGUUGAAAUUGAUUUUUAAAUUAGUAAACAGAGUAAUGCUUUUAUUUGCUACUUUAUUGUCUUUCAGUGCUUUAGCACUAUUUAUACUCAUUUUUAAAUGUUUAACAAUUUUAAACUUAUUAUCGAUGAUUUUUUUUUCUCCUUCUAAUAUCGAAUCAAAAUUCAUUUUGUCUUCUUUUUCUCGUUUUAAUAGAGGUAACUUUGCGUCGCCAAUGACUCAGUUUUAAUUUUUUUUCCCUCGGUUUAUUUGUUUCAUUAACAAAUCCCGGUGAUCAGCUCACUGCUGAAAAAAAAAUUGAAAGAAAUUUUACGUUCAAAUUUGCCUUACUCGUAUCGUUGUAGAAUUAAUUUAUUUUAUAAGUUAUUUAUUUAUCGAAGAAGUUCGCCAUUUUUUCGCAACUGAAAGUAUAACGAUCUCAACAAAAAAAAAUGAAUGCAAAAAAUAUUAGUUAUUUUUUUCUCUCGAGGUAACCUUAUUAAAAUAUUAUUAAUGGGUUCAUACUCCCGCGUUUAUUUUUCGAUACGCGUAUUUAAUUUUAUUUAAUUCAUUUAUUAUGUUAAUCGUUAGUUCAAUAUUACUUUACGUAUUUGCGAAGAAUGAUGAAGAAUUGGUCGAGAAGUCGAUGUUGGUUCUGUUUGGCCUUUUAUUGUUAUAGAAAUUGAAUUUUUUUGUGAUAAAUUAUCAUUUUAAAAAUUAUUUUUAGUAGUUAUUUGUAUGUAAAUAUGUAUAACAUUUAAUCGAUACGUCCUUAAAAAGACUUGAGAAUUGGAUUAAUUUUUUCGUUACGUAUUUUAAAGUUUAAUUUUCUGCCUCUCGUUCGUAUAUUUCCGAGUGAAUUUACGUCUACUUCUUCUUCUUCUUGUCUGCUGUUUUAUUUAAUUAUCUCGAUAUGAUGUUUACUUUCUCCUAGUGGUAUGACUAGUCUCCCUUCCUUUUCCCGUUCGCUCGUCGCCAACCCUAUCGAAUGGAUUUAAUUCGAAGUACUUAAUAGAAUUUCUCGUGUCAGCAUAUCUUGCCAAUAGAAAAUUUAAUUUAUUUAAAAAAAAAAAAAGGUAAACGUAGCGACAAAAGGUGGGAAAGAAGGGUAGAGACGAGUCGAAUCGUCUAUUUAUUUAAUAAAUCAUGGUACCUACCUAAAGUGUACUUACCUAUUAUUAUACUUAUCUAUUUAUUUGAUACGUCUUGAUAUUUUUGGAACAGUUUUCCUUUUUAUAAUUUUCGAAUUUUUAUUGGUGCAUUCGUGUUAUAAACACAAUAUCGAAGUAAAAAAGCAAUAAAUUGCCCUCGUACUUACCGAUUUUUAUUUUAAUAUUCGUUAAUGCUCCUUUUCUUAUAUACCUAUUUUUAGUAAAACGGUUGCCUUUGAUUUUUUUUCUUCUCUUUAAAUUUUAGCCAAUUUUUUUUCUUUCAUCGAAGUUUACUAUAAGUGAGUGUUAUUUAAUGAAACGAUUAAGGAAUUAUACUAUUAAUCAAUAUGUACGCAAUAUAUUUUGUUUAUCGAUAUUAUUUUUUUGUCGUGUUUUUGUUUUUUUUUCUUCUUUUUUUUUUGUUUUUACGUGUAUUAAUUUACGUUUUUUUUCUUUUUCUCAUGUGUCUUUGUGUAAAGAAGUUUGUAUUUGGUAAUGGGUACUUAAUAGCGAUAUUAACGAAACAUAUCCAUUUGUUACAUUCGUUGAAAGAUUAUUUCAAUUACAAAUUUAUUGUGCCUUAUUUUGAAAUAUAUAAUAUAUAUUUUUGUUUGUUGA